AUGGUCGAAGUUGAGGAUGUUGACGUCGUCGACAGCGUCGUUGAAGACGACCCCGUUUGCGUCGUUGUGGACGACGAAGUGUACGUGGUGGAGGUGCUGCUGGAGGUAGAUGUUACUGAUUUUGUGGAGCUUGUGGAAGAGGAACGUGUGACCGACGUGCUUGUAGUGGAUGAAAAUGUUUCCGAGGAGCUGCUGGUGACGGAAGUUGUGCGGCUCGUGGUGGAAGACGUGCUGCUUGUAGUGGAAGAUGCAGUGCUUGAAGUGGAUGUCAAGGACCUCGUCGUGCUUGUCGACGAGGUGCUUGUCGAUGACAAAGUACUUGUAGACGAAGCACUACUGGUGGUUGUGGUAGUGGUUGUAGUCGAGCUCGUCGUUGCGGUCUCGGUUGUGGUUGUCGAAUCCGUAGUGGUGCUUGUCCAGGUUGUAGUAGUUUCGUUUGUCAAGUUCGUGAGGGUGGUCGUUGAAAUUGAGAUGGAGGUGGUGGUUGAGGUGGACGAUUCGCUGCUAGAGCUCGACGAUGUGCUUGUCUGCGUUUGA